GUGUCAGUUAAAAAAAGAAAAAAGAAUAAAUUGCAUGAUACACUAUAUUGCCAAAAGUAUUGGGACACCCCUCCAAAUCAUUGGAUUCAGGUGUUCCAAUCACCUCCAUGGCCACAGAUGUAUAAAAUCAAGCAACUAGGCAAACAGAUUGCCUCUACAAACAUUUAUGAAAGAAUGGGUCGCUCUCAGAAGCUUAGUGAAUUCAAGCGUAGUACUGUGAUAGGUUGCCACCUGUGCAAUAAGUCAAUCUGUGAAGUUUCCUUGCUAAUGAAUAUUCCACAGUCAACUGUUAGUGGUACUAUAACAAAGUGAAAGCAACUGGGAACAACACCAACUCAGCCACAAAAUGGUAGUCCACGUAAAAUGACAGAGCAGGAUCAGCACAUGCUCAAGCGCACAGUGUGUAGAAGUCGUCAAUUGUCUGCA